AUGUCAGCAGGAGAGAGCCUGAAAGCCCCGGGGAGGAGCAGGAGCUCGCACAGGACCAGGAGCAAGAGGGGCAGAGCUCGUGGCAGCAAGGACAGCUCCAAGCUGCUGCUGCUCUACGACGAGGACAUCCUGGAGAGGGAUCCCCUGCGGGAGCAGAAGGACCUGGCCUUUGCCCAGGCCUACCUCACCAGGACAUGCUUGAAUCUCUUUCCUUUUGGGCAGUUUGAGGAGCAGCAAGCCUUUGAGAAGAGCAGGAAGUUCCUCAGGCAGCUGGAGAUCUGCUUCGCCGAAAAUCCUGCCCACCACCAAAAGAUCAUCAAAGUCCUGCAGAGCUGUGCAGACUGUGUGCCCCAGGAGAUUGCAGAGCUGAAGACCCAGGUGUGGCAGCUCCUGAAGGGCCACGACCACCUGCAGGACGAGUUCUCGGUUUUCUUCGACCACCUCAGGCCCUCUGCCAGCCGCAUGGGAGACUUCGAGGAGAUCAACUGGACGGAAGAGAAGGACUACGAGUUUGAUGGCUUUGAGGAGGUGUCUCUGCCAGAUGUGGAGGAGGAGGAUGAGCCACCCAAAAUCCACGGAGCCACCAGGAACAAGAGGAGGAAGGAGAUGGGAGGCCAGCAGCACGACAAGGUGGGGCUGGGGCAGCUGAAACUGGGGUCAGAUUGGGUGUGCGACGGCCGGCUGUACAAGCACAGGGAGGCCCCGGAGCUGCCUGGCAGCCUGGCCCAGGCGGAGUGCAGCCCCCAGGCCGAGGGCAGGGAGCCCCGGGAGGAGGCAGAGCCCGGGCCGGGCAGGGCCAGGGCUGCGCCCCGGAGCAGGGACCCCGAGUGCCCAGGGUCCCAGGAGGGCAGGCAGCCGUGCAGCAGCCCCUGUGCCCAGCCUGCCCCUGCUGCUGCUGCCCGGCUUCCGGAAGCUGCUCCUGAGGGCAGGCCCAGGACCGAUGGCAGCAGCAGCAGCAGCAGCAGCAGCUCCCCCCUGCAGCCCCCUGCACCGCUGCAGCCCCGCGCCCCGCGGCACAGGGAGGAGGAGCAGCAGCAGCAGCGGGUGACAGAGGCCACCGUGUGUGCCAAGAACAGCAAAGUCAGCUCCACCGGGGAGAAGGUCGUGCUCUGGACCAGGGAGGCUGACAGAGUCAUCCUCACCACGUGCCAGGAGAAGGGAGCCCAGCUGGACACCUUCCAGGCCAUCUCCCAGAAACUGGGCAACAAGACAGCCAGUGAGGUGUCCCACAGGUUCAGGGAGCUGAUGAGGCUGUUCCACACCUCCUGUGACGGCAGCUCUGAGGAUGAGGAGGAUGCCACCAGCACCAGUAACACAGACCAGCUGUCAGACAAAGAUCUGCUGCUCUCCGAGGAAGAGCCUGAUGACUGAGGUGAUCUCACUGCACCAGAAGAGGGUUUUUUUGGGUUUUUUUUUUUACCAGUUUGCUGCUAGACAGGUGCUGUGGAAAAAUGUUUGCACAGGUACUUGAGACAGCACCUUCAUUUUUGGUUCAAUUUCCAGCCUGUACCAAGCAAAGGCAGGAAGUAAAAGGAGAAAAUUCUCAAGAACUCCCCUGGGGAGCUUCAGCAGUGGAGUGACAGAACUUGUGGACACUGAGCUGGCCUGGGGGUGAAGGUUGGGCCCAGCACUCUGUAAAUAUUGUACCUGAAAUGUCAGUUUUCAUGUGCAACCAACACGUGACUUUUUCUAAGUUCUCCCUUGUGCUGAUUGUAUGUGAGACAGUCACAGACUGAAUUUUCUAUUUAUUGUGUGGGUUUAUUUGACCAGGC